CGAAGAGCCAACGCUUCAGGGGCGCAAUCACCUGUUGGAGCAUCUUCAGCAGCGUACCUGUGAAAGAUAUGUGUACAUUUGGUUCCGCCGCAACGCUGUCCCUCCCAUGUAUAUACACCCCCCAAUAUUUCCUGGAGCGUCUCUCCCAAAAUUUCCUUUCCCAUAACAUGCAACUCUCACCUUCGUGAUCGAUCAACUUUCUGUCACCUCCACAUCAAAAGAAGUCUUCCAUCUUUCUGCUUUCAAGUAGUUGGACUCGCACUCGCUGGUCUCCAAAUCACCGAACCACGCGAGUCGCAUCUUGCACUUUGACUUCUAGACAGAGAUCAUCACAUCUCGCAAACAUGCCUGAGAUAGCUGAAGUCGCGCGCAUCGUGCACUUUCUGCGCCUACAUCUCGUCGGCAAGACCAUCAGAACCGCGUCCGCUGUCGACGACCAAAUUAUCUUUGGCAAGGCGGGCACGACCGGCGACGCAGUUUCGGCUGCCUUGACCGGGAGGAAGGUCAUCUCCUCCGGGUCGCAAGGCAAGCUAUUCUGGCUUGUCCUUGAUAAGGCUCCGCAUGUGGUGAUGCAUUUUGGCAUGACGGGUUGGCUUCAGAUUAGGGGCGUCCAAACAUCCUACUCGUCCCUUUACCGGGACACGGACACACGCGUCGAAACCUGGCCUCCCAAAUACACAAAAUUCCACCUCACGACCACCUGCAACCCCGCGGUGGAAGUGGCUUUCACCGACUAUCGGCGCCUGGCUAGAGUUCGUCUCGUGGACUGCCCCGGCGCUGACAUUCGCAGCCAUGCUCCUCUCAAAGAAAACGGCCCCGACCCUGUGCAAGACACGGACAGGUUUACGCUUACGUACUUCCAGUCCAAGUGUCGCGCCAGUCGCGCCGCGGUCAAAGCUAUGCUUCUCAACCAGAAGUUCAUCAGCGGGAUCGGAAACUGGGUCGGUGACGAGGUGCUGUUUCAGUCCCGGAUCCACCCAGAGCAGAGAUGCAACCAUCUCACCGACGCGCAGACUAAGACUCUGUACGAGGUGAUCCGAUACGUUUGUCAGACAGCUGUUGGCGUGCUCGGUGACUCUCACCAGUUCCCCUCUGAUUGGCUUUUCAAGUAUCGAUGGAGCAAGGGCUCGGAGAACCCUACACUCCCUGGGGGAGAACCGUUGGCUCACGUCACAGUUGGGAACCGGACAAGCUGCUAUGCUCCUCGCUUGCAGAAGAUUACUCUUGACGGUGUUCCUGUGGUCGUUGAGGAGGAAAAGAACAAGGAGGGGGUGGUGGAGGAGGAGGAUGGGGGGAGGCAGGAGGAGAAGAAGCCAGCACCGAAGGGGAGGAAGCGCAAAGCCGAGUGGGGGUCUACGGACAUGCCAAAACCCAAGGCUAGACGUGGCCGGCGCGCCGCUGUCAAAAAAACCGAGGAGGAGGAGGAGGAGGAGGAGGAGGAGGGUGUCAAACCUUCCAAGCCAGUUGCCAAGCGGGGAAGAAAGGCGCUGAUGAGGUGA